CAGCUCAGAGUUAGUCUCUGCGGACAUAAGGAAAAGUCCGGAAGAUGAAGCUUUUGACGGUGUUAGCCGUCAUCGCGGCCGUCAGCAUCGGUCUGGUAGCAGCCGACUACAAUACCGUGAAGCUCGCUGAUAAGGAUUUUCUUCUUAAGCAGAAAAAAAUUUACAACCUAUUGUAUUUCAUCUCGCAACCCUCCCUUGUAAACCCUUCUUUGUACGAGGAAGGCCGUUUGUACAAUAUCGAGAAAUUGAAGGCCAACAUCGAUUCUUACAAGGAUCCGUCUGCGGUGAAGAAUUUCAUCUCGUUGUACGAAAAUGGCAUGCUUCCACGGGGCGAAUUGAACUCCCUGUACUACCCGAAGCUCCAAAAGGAAACGGAAGCGCUGUUCCGUCUGUUCUACUAUGCCAAGGACUUCGAUACCUUCUACAAAACGGCAUUAUGGGCUCGCAUUUACAUAAACGAGAUGCAAUACGCUUAUGCCCUGUACACUGCCGUUACACGCCGCGAGGACACCAAGUUUAUUCAGCUUCCGCCGCCUUACGAGCUGAUCCCGUACGACUUCUUCAACUCCGAAGUUCUCGAAAAGGCUCAUCACGCAAAAUUCUUCGGUAAACUCGACUCGAAGAAAUUUGGUGGUUCCGACGUCUACAUAAUCCCGGCGAAUUAUUCCGGAUGGUACGUGUCGCGCGAAUACGACAUGGAGCACAAGCUGAAUUAUUACACCGAGGACAUCGGUUUGAACGCCUUUUACUUCUUCUUGCGAUUGAACUUCCCGUUCUGGCUUAAGAGCGAGGAAUUCGGAUUGCCGAAGAGUCGCGGCGAGGAAUAUCUUUACAGUCACAAACUGUUGAUAGCACGUUACAACUUGGAACGUCUGUCCAACGACGUCGGUAAGAUCGAGGACUUCGAUUGGCACAACGAAUUCUACACCGGAUAUUAUCCGACGAUGACCUUCCGCAACGGAUUGCCGUUGCCGCAGAGACCGUACUGGAGCAAAUUCCCGUAUUACAAAUACAAGUGCUUGAAGGAAUUAGAAGACAUUGAAUCUCGAGUCUCGGCUGGCAUUGAUUCCGGAUUUGUCUUUGACGCGUCCGGCAAGUGGAUCAACAUCUACACGCCGGAGGGUCUCAACAUUCUCGGCAACAUUAUUGAAGGAAACAAAGAUUCUUGCAAUGCCAACUUUUACGGCAGUCUGGACAACUUGGCGAGAAAGAUUCUUGGAUACAAUUUGGAGCCUUCGUCGCCUUAUCAGAUUGUACCCAGCGCUCUCGAGAUGUUCACCACAUCUUCAAGGGAUCCCGCGUUCUACCGUCUCUAUCACAGAAUACUCGAGUAUUAUUAUUACAGAUACAAACAACGUUUGGAACCGUACUCGAUGAAGGAAAUUAUCUUCCCCGAGUUAAAAAUCGAAUCUCUCGUCGUGGACAAACUGAUAACUUACUUCGAUCAAUUCGACGCCACGAUCAGCAACGGUUUGGCGCUCGACAACGCGGAGGAUGCUGAGAAAACGUUGAUCAAGGUUCGCCAAUAUCGUCUGAAUCACAAACCGUUCAGUUUCCAUCUCGCCAUCAACGCCGAGAAACCCAUGAAAGCCGCGAUACGCAUUUUCCUCGGACCGAAAUACGACGUUCAUCACAAACUGUUGGACUUCGCCGAAAACGCGAAGAACUUUUACGAAAUCGAUAACUGGAUAGUCGAGCUGAACGCUGGCGCGAACAAGAUCAUCCGAAACAGCAAGGACUGCUAUUUCGUUAUACCCGAUCCGGAACCGAGCGAGAUGUUCUAUAAGAGAAUACUGAAGGGUCUGGACGGUUCCGAAUCUAUCUCCUACGCGGAACGCGUCUUCGGAUUCCCGGAGCGUUUGCUGUUGCCUAAGGGCAAGAAGGAGGGCAUGCCUUUCCAGAUCUUCGUGUACAUCAGUCCGGUUGAAGAGGAACCGAAGCUUUACACGUCUCGCAUCUUCGGAGACACGAAAUUCGAUGCCAAACCAUUCGGAUUCCCGUUGGACAGACCUCUCUCAAACUUCCGCUUCGAAGGACCGAACAUGAUACUGAAGGACGUUCUUAUCUAUCUCAAAGACGAGACGGAACUGAACGUCACUUACUGAUUGUUAUUUUGUGAUGUCCAAUACGAUCGUUUGAUUCAAUGUUAUCGUUCGCAAAAAAUUUAAGUAAAUCUGAUGUAUAUUUUGUAUAAUUUUAUAUAUAAUAAAAGGUGUAUUCUGUGGUA